AUGGCACGGCACGGCGCCGGGCAGCUCCUGCUGCUGGGGCUCAUGCCAGCUCUCCUCCUGGCUGUAAGGAUCAACAGCAAAGGCCGUGAGGUGCUGUACUUGGCCAAGGGAGACUCGGUGAAGCUGGGCUGUCCCUACGUCCUCGAGCCCGAGGACAACGGUCCCCAGGGUGUGGGAAUUGAGUGGAUCCAGAUCACACCUGAGCGCACCGGCCCCGAAAAUGUGUUCCUUUCUUACCACGACCACCACGUCAACUACGGCAGCGGUUCGGGGCUGCAGGACCGUGUGGCCUUCGUGCAGAACGACCCCGGGCAGCACGACGCCUCCAUCCGCCUGGCAGACCUGCAGGUCUCUGACACUGGUACCUACCAGUGCCGUGUCAAAAAGAACACCGUGGCCGUGCACGAGGUCAUCGUCACCGUGCAAGAGAAGCCGGCCACCCCACAGUGCUGGAUUGAAGGAGAUCAGGUGCAGGGCGGCAGCGUUUUGCUGCGCUGCUACAGCCGAGGAGGGGCCGCACCGCUCGCCUACCAAUGGGCCAAGCUGGCAGAUGGCUAUGGAGGAGGACGGCUGCCCCAAGGAACCAUCCAAGGCCGUGCUCCCGGUGAUCUCCUGAUCCGCAGCCUUUCGGAGGCUCACUCUGGUGUCUACCAAUGCCGGGUCACCAACCGCGUGGGCUACGCCACGUGUCAGCUCAGCCUCAGCCCUGCACAGAGAGGUGGCCGCCAGGCGGGCGUCAUCGUGGGCUCCGUGUUGGGCUCGUUGCUGCUGCUCAGCCUCCUGGGGCUGCUCAUCGGGGCUCUGCUCUGCCGCUACCGCAGGAAGGAGUGCCAGAGGACCUGCAGCGAGUGCAGCACGGGCGGCACCAUGACCCGCACCUGCAACGUCUGCGCCCACCCCUACUCACCCCACGGCAUCAGCUACAUGCAGUGCCAACACGGCGACGAGCGCGCGGCCGCCCUGCUCUGCAACGAAGGCAUCCGGCACCAGGUGGCCUGCCCCGCUCUGUAACCCCACAUCGGUUCCCUUUUUGGGGUCGCGGCCCCAACUCCAUGGGUUCUCCGUGGCAAAAUCGAAGCCAAGAAUUCACCUCUUCCCCACCUCAACCACAACGCGUCGUUGGGUUCGCCAUAAGCUUUGGGGGUUGAAUUAUUAUUGUUAUUAUGAUUUUUGGCCGUUUUUUUAUUGUAUUUCCAUGCUGUUCCAGCACUAUUUAUUUCUUGUCGUCCCCCCCAUCCGUCCCACUGCCCGGUGCCCCCCCAGGAUUGGCCGCAGCAAUUCGGUGUUCGUUGGAAACGCCGUCGGCACCGGGAUCAGCAGUUGGGAAUGGCAAAAAAGAGAGAGAAAUAAAGGAAAGAAAUCGGAAAAAGGAAAUAAACCCAAAGUGAACGAAGCGCUGCCCCAUUGCGUGGUCCCAAAAUGGGGAGGGGGGGAGGGUUGGGGAUGGCAUUUGUUUAAUAGAAAUCAUUAUGGAAUGACCCCAACGUUGAGCCCAGUGAUGGUAUUGACCCCAAUCAUCACACUGCCCUCCAACCCGGCUCCAACCCUGACCCCAUGCUUAACCCCUAACCCGACACACCGACCCCAAAGCCCGAACCGUUCCGACCCCAAACGCGGAGCCGCGGCCGUUCCCUGCAUUUCCCCCCUUUGGCCGCCAGGAGGCGCUCUGAGACGCCACGGGGGCGGUUGCUGGGAGACGGAGGACGCUGCGAUGGCGGCGCGGUUCGGCGCGGGGCAGUACGACGACGCCUUCGCCCCUCCCGCCUGCAGAACUGGAGCGUUGCCCGGCGCUGCCGGCAGG